GAAAUCUAAAUUUGUUGUUCGGUUGAUAAUUAUUGACUGAGAUAUCUUUUGUACUCCAUAGAUAAAUAUUAUAUUUUAUUUGAUUCACGUAGGAUCAUGGUACGAGAAGAAUACUUUUAUACGAUCGAAAAGGCAGUGGUAUCUUUAGAAAGUUACAAAAGUAAGUCGCAAUGAAAAUUCAUCACGAUAAAGAUUAUCUAAUCAAAAUGAUCAUAAAACAAUAAAGAUCAGAAGAUAAGAAAUGAUUAACAUAUCGCAACACACUUUACUCCAAGAUUAAAAGAUUGAUAAGAAAAUUACAAAAUUUAUGACGUAUGGUUGUUUCCUGUUAUAAAUUCGUAUUAGAAAAUACGCAUAUGAUUGUGUAUGAUUCACGUAGUACCAUGACAUGGAGAUUCGUUAAGCGCAAUCUAGAAGGCAGUAGCCGAAAGUGACAAAACAGAAAACGCUGAAUCUUGAGUCCCAUAAACAGUCUUAUAAAAAGGGUCCAGUGAAAACUAGUGUUUCUCGAAAUAUUUAACGACUCCGAGCAUCAAGUAAUUAUCAAGGGCAGGCGAGAAUCACUGAAGACUAUCAGAAGUCUCCGUGAAUCUUGCAGAAUUUAAGAAAAGUCGAACGUGCAGGUUGGAAAUGGCCGGCGCGAUGUUGUUCGAACGUGCUCAGGCAGUUUCGAUGACAAACCGUAGCGAAGGGAUAUCUUUAUUAAACGAAAUUGUGUCCGAUCCAAGUAUUGGAAUCACAGAAGAUGACGAAGAUAAUAUUCGAGUGAAAGAACAGGGAAUUUUACAUUUGGGAGAAUUGUACAAGAAAGAGGGCAAGGCCAAAGAACUGGCAGACCUUAUUAAGGCUACGCGACCGUUUCUUAGCCUGAUUAGUAAGGCCAAAGCAGCAAAGCUUGUCCGGUCUCUUGUUGACUUCUUCCUAGAUCUUGAAGCUGGUAUCGGUAUAGAGGUUCAAUUGUGUAAAGAAUGCAUAGAAUGGGCCAAGGAAGAGCGCAGGACAUUUCUGCGCCAAUCAUUGGAAGCACGGUUAAUAGCCCUGUACUUCGAUACAGGAAUGUUUGGCGAAGCUUUACAGCUUGGAUCAGCAUUGCUCAAAGAAUUGAAAAAACUUGAUGACAAGCAGCUACUCGUUGAAGUUCAGCUACUUGAAAGUAAAACUUAUCACGCACUGAGUAAUCUGGCAAAAGCCAGAGCUGCGCUCACCAGUGCGAGAACCACUGCCAAUGCCAUAUAUUGUCCACCCAAAAUGCAGGCUGCACUAGACUUGCAAUCUGGCAUUUUACAUGCAGCUGAUGAACGGGAUUUCAAGACUGCUUACUCAUACUUUUAUGAAGCAUUUGAAGGAUAUGACAGUGUUGAAUGUCCAAAGGCUCUUACGACACUGAAGUAUAUGUUACUAUCAAAAAUUAUGUUGCGUAACCCUGAAGAUGUACAAUCAAUAAUGUCUGGAAAACUCGCUGUGAAAUACGCGGGUCGGGAUUUGGAUGCUAUGCGAGCUGUAGCGGACGCUAGCCAUCGGCGCUCACUAGCUGAAUUUCAGGCAGCUGUUAAGAAAUACCGCGUAGAAUUGGAGGAAGACGUUAUAGUCAGAGCGCACCUUGGUUCUCUAUAUGAUGCUAUGUUGGAGCAGAAUCUUUGUAGGCUUGUCGAGCCAUACUCUCGUGUCCAGGUCAGCCACAUAGCGUCCUGUAUAUCUUUGCCCUUGGCUCAAGUUGAAAAGAAGCUGUCGCAAAUGAUCCUGGAUAAAAAACUCCAUGGCGUUUUGGAUCAGGGUGAAGGCGUUUUGAUAGUCUUCGAAGACACACCUCGCGAUAAGACCUAUGAGAUUGCCCUGGACACGAUACACAGCAUGGGAAAAGUAGUAGACACGCUCUACCAGAAAGCCAAGAAGCUCACCUAGCCCUAUUGAAUGCGAAUUUGUAUAAGCGAAGUCUAUUAUAAUUAAUAACAAUUAUUAAUAAUUAGAUGCCCUCAUUAAAUAAUUACCCAUCUAUUGAUAAUGAGAUCGAAUCGUUUCUGAAAUUUUCAAAAUCUUAUUCGCUACAAUAAUCCUGUACAAAUCUUGUCAAUUCGUACUAAGUUCAAGAAUUUCCUGUUAAUAUACUCGCAACACCUCAUUUACCAUUUAA